AUGGCGGGUCUUUUGCAACUCACGGCCUCCAUUUCAGGACUGAAAGAGAAGGUUGACGUGGCCGACCAAGGACCUGCCAGCAAAGCACAGCAGAAUUCUGUCUAUUCUACCUGUCUGUUCCCAAACAUCCCGCCUGUAAAGAUGCCCUUAGGGGAAAUAGACAGCUUCACGUGCCUGGUUGAAGGAGUCGACCCCGACAGCCUCUCGGUGAGAUGGUUCCGCAACGACGAAGAACUUCCACCAACUUCCAUCGACUCCAUCGGCAGUCCUGUGCAGACCGAGAUCCCAGAGGAGCUCUACACCAUGAGCACAUUGCACAUCCCUGUGGAGGACUGGACUGAAAGAGAUAUCUUCACUUGUACGGUGGAACUAAACGCGCUUCCCUCCCUGAGAGCUCGGAGGACCGCGGACAAGGACACGGAAAACCCGUCGGCCUCUGACAAGUCCCUCUUUGGGCCACGUUUCCAGGAGGAUAAGAAUAAUUACGAGGUAUCCUUUGGCUGCCUCACGCAAGGACACCUGUCAAAAUACGUCACUCUCGUGUGGCUCAAAAACACCAUCCCCUUUACAGAUGAUGUUUUGUACACAGGGGAAGGCUAUCGCAGACAGGUCCACAAGACAUCCGUGCCACUCACAUGGCUACGACGGAGAGCUCCCUUCGCCCCUCGUCUGAGCCUCCAAGGUGACUGUCAGGCUCUCUUAUCAAGGCCGGCGAUUCGAUGCCAGAGCACAGCUGCUGUCGCAGGGGCACAGAUUGCCCUGCCUCCUGCCCCUCCACCCACGGAGAGCGCUCUCUCCGUGGGAGACCUUGGCCAGGUUGCACAGGAGCUCAGCUUUCAGGAACUGGGCCUCGGCUCCUACACCCCAGUGGGCCUAAUCCAGAACUUGUUGGAGUGCCUCCACGUGGACGUGGGGUUACCUUGGUGGGGAGCCAUCGUGGCAGGGACAGUGACGGCGCGGUGCUUGAUUUUCCCACUCAUUGUGAAAGGCCAGCGCGAGGCCAUGAAGCUCAACAACCACCUGCCGCAAAUUAACGCACUGACGAGCCGCAUGAACGAGGCCAAGCGCUCAGGGAACCAGUUUGAAUUCGCAAAGGCUUACUCGGAUCUGACCCUCUACCAGAGAGCCCACGACGUUAACCCACUGCGAGGGUUCCUUGUGCCCAAAGUCCACGCGCCCAUUUUCAUUUCCUUCUUCAUCGCCCUGCGCAAGAUGGCCGAGCUGCCCGUGCCCAGCCUGCAGACGGGAGGCUUGUGGUGGUUCACGGAUCUCUCGGCCGCCGACCCUUAUUACAUCUUGCCCUUGUCGGUGACGGUCACCAUGUGGGCCAUCUUGGAGGUAAGGCUCGGGCAGUCGAGGAGGUGUUCGGAGGUCGAUGAAGUCAACAUCGGCUGA